AUGGGAAAAAUACUACAACGGUUGAGUUUGUUGGUAGGCCUGGCGUUGUAUUUAUUUGACUAUGGCUCAGACAUUUACGUGGCUGUUCAAUACGGAGAAAAUAAUGAAUUUUGGUGGUUUUGGAUGACAAUUGGUUUUAUCGGUAUUCCGUCAAUCAUAGUAAACAUAACAGCGAUCGUUCAACUGGUAAACUACCUCACAUGUAUAGCCGCCGUUCUUCAAUUAUCGAUCGUCGGUCGUUACAUCGAAGCAUUUGUAUCGCUUGAACAUAAACGUAUAUACUUACUCGCAAUGCUACGUUAUUUGGAGACGAUUAUGGAAAGCGCUCCACAAUGGUGUCUACAGGUUUACAUUAUGCUACGUCAGUGGUAUUUCCCAUCAUACACCGUAGUCUCCAGUGUAUUUUCACUCCUGUCUUUAGCGUGGAGUAUCACGACACUCGAGAAAGAAAGAGCAACUCACGAAGAUCGCGGAUUUGAGACAUGUGAAACAAUCUUUUUUCUGAUGGGGCAACUGUUUACACUCAUAUCAAGAUUAUCUGCAAUUGUUCUUUUUGCUUACGUGUUUCGUUAUUACGUCAUCAUUUUCCUGGCAAUCCAUUGGUUGCUUCUUGUGGUGAUAAUAUUUCAAAUACAAAGACGUGGCGGAGAAAGUUUCGAAAAAUCGUUACUUUUAUCAUUGCUUGCUGCCUUUCCUUCUCUGUUUCACGUUUCGAAAACCGUCAUUCCAACCAAAAAUCCCAAAGCUGAGAUGAUUGUGGGGUAUAUUUUCAUCGUCUUAGAAAACAUCAUCAUGGUGACGUUGUCUCUGACGAUUGAAAUGCCAGGCGUAUCACAUAUGGAUGUACUGAUGCCAAUCGCAGUUUCAUUCCUCGUAGCUGGAUCAAUCCUAUCAAUCAUCUGCGGCAUUUGUUGUACCGAUCUUGAUGAUAAUUAG